AAGCCCUCCCUCCUCGCCUCCUCCACCGUCCUCCCUCCCUCCCUCCUCCGCCUCCACCUCCAUCCGCCUCGCUUCCCGUACCCGUACUCCUCCUCCUCCUCCUCCUCCUCUCUCUCUCCGCGGACGCACGCAGUUUGAGAGGGGUGUGCGGUGCUCGAGGGAGGGCCGAGCGAGGAGCGGCGGGGUACAUGGCAGCAGAGACGGGCUCUUCCGCGGCGAGGACCAGGACGGCGGGGCUCGCCGCGGCGGCGGCGGUGACGGCGCUCCUCGUCCUCGUCGUGGUCGUUGGCAGCGCGGCGCUCCCUGGCGGGCGGGUGACGGUCCUCGACGGCCUCCGGCACAGGAGCACGGCCGUGGUGGCAGGCGGCGCGAGGCGGUGGCUGAGGGACUCCUCCUCCUGGCCGGCUGCGGCGGCGGCGACGACGACGACGAGGGGCAGCAGGGCCGACGGUGACGCCGACGGGUCAGCCAGCAGCACGCCCGUCGUCGCCGGCGCGGUGGAGGAUCCGGAAGCCGUGGCCAACGACGUGCACGUGUCCAUCAGGAACAGCACGGCCCGGCGAAAUCUCGGGUACCUGUCGUGCGGGACAGGCAACCCCAUCGAUGACUGCUGGCGUUGCGACUCGGACUGGCACAACAACCGCCAGCGCCUAGCUGACUGUGGCAUCGGCUUCGGCCGCAACGCCAUCGGUGGCCGCGACGGCAAGAUCUACGUGGUCACCGACCCGAGCGAUGACGAUCCUGUCAACCCGCGCAAGGGCACCCUCCGCUACGCCGUCAUCCAGGAAGAGCCGCUCUGGAUCAUCUUCAAGCGGGACAUGGUCAUCACGCUCAAGGAGGAGCUCAUCAUGAACAGCUUCAAGACCAUCGACGGCCGCGGCGCCAACGUGCACAUCGCCAAUGGUGCCUGCAUCACCAUCCAGUACAUCACCAACGUCAUCAUCCACGGUCUCCACAUCCACGACUGCAAGCCCACGGGGAACGCCAUGGUGCGCAGCUCGCCCAGCCACUAUGGGUGGCGCACCAUGGCCGACGGAGAUGCUGUGUCCAUCUUCGGCUCCAGCCACGUCUGGGUGGACCACUGCUCACUCUCCAACUGCGCCGACGGCCUGAUCGAUGCCAUCAUGGGAUCCACGGCCAUUACUGUGUCCAACAACUACUUCACCCACCACAACGAGGUGAUGCUUCUUGGCCACAGUGACUCCUAUGUGAAGGACAAGGCAAUGCAGGUGACAAUAGCCUUCAACCAUUUUGGUGAAGGUCUCAUUCAGCGAAUGCCAAGGUGCCGGCAUGGCUACUUCCAUGUUGUGAACAAUGACUACACCCACUGGGAAAUGUACGCCAUUGGCGGGAGCGCUGAGCCUACCAUCAACAGCCAGGGCAACCGCUACCUUGCUCCAACAAACCCAUUCGCCAAGGAGGUGACCAAGAGGGUCGAAACUGCUCAGACUGUCUGGAAGAGCUGGAACUGGAGAUCAGAGGGCGACCUGCUGCUGAAUGGCGCCUACUUCACCCCAUCCGGCGCAGGCGCCUCAGCCAGCUACUCGCGCGCGUCCAGCCUUGGCGCCAAGUCAUCAUCUAUGGUUGGCACCAUCACCUCGGAUGCUGGUGCCCUGUCGUGCCACAAGGGCACGGCCUGCUAGCGCAGGGGCAGAAGGGAAACAGACCCAGCACCCCCACGCCACCUCUCCAACAACAGAAAAGAAACAAGACAACAGAAAACUAAGCUACCUCAACACCAUGGUUACAGUUUUUUUUUCCGCUUCUCUCUUUUUUUUUGGUCACCUUUUUGACAAGGGUUAUAUAUGAUGGUCGCCUUCCUGAUGAUUUCACCAUUUGCUCAACCUCCCCCUGCUCCUGACAUGGAAAGCUACCCCGGAGCAGGCGUGAAGCGUUGCUGAUUGGUUUCGCUCGGUCUCUCUAUUAGUCAUCUGAUCUGAGUGUGGUGUGUUGUUGCCUGCCCCCCCCCCCCCCCCCUCCCGCCCACAGCAAGUGUAUGUUGAGGGCAGGGGUGAACACCGUGUGUGGUGCGUGUGUGUUAUGUGUGAUACUCACUUUGGUUGUGGAGAACAAACAUGUCAGAUUGUUAGUAGUGGUAGUAGUGAAAUGUUAUGCCUGGACUGGGAUGGAUUUGCCCUGUAGAAGACAUGGGAGAAUAGCCAUGUUCUUUAUUCUUCAGUGAAAAGUGAAAACAUUACAGGCUAGCUGAAUAUUUUGACCUGGAAGUACAGCAAUGUGCUGCUUUUGAAAUGUUUUACCUGCCUGUUUGCUGUU